UUAACCAUGGAGGUCACAGUUUCGAUCACAAGCAAAAAGAUGUAGUGAAGGAAGAACCAGUGAAGCUGGUUUCUGCAAAGAAUCCAAUCCCUUUUGAAACAGUUUUCCUAUCAAACAUUGAUCUUGCAGUGACUUUUCCUGUUGAAACUCUCUUCUCCUUUGAGGUUCCUCCAAGCAAGUGCUCCUCAACUGAAGAUAUAUCAGAGAGAGUGAAGAGAGCAGUGGCUGAAGUGCUUCUUGUUCUUUACUAUUUCUUGGCUGGGAGACUUUACUUCAACCAUGAAAGUAAAAGGUUGGAGCUUCUGUGCAACAAUGCUGGAGUGUUGUUUGUGAGGGCAACAUCAGGGAUUAUGUUGAAGGAUCUUGGAAAUCAUUCUCUCCCCAAUCCAAUCUUUCGCCAUUUCGUUCAUUGGCCGGUCUAUACAAAAGCCUUGCUAAUAGUAACGAGGUUCAGAUGUGGGGGUUUCUCAAUUGGGAUUGUGACAAACCAUGGGGUUCUUGAUGGAAGAUCAGCUGUUGAGAUGCUUCAGAAUCUGGCUUCUAUUUGUAGAGGAGAAGGCCUGAAACCCCAGGUUGUCUGCAAUGACAGGAGAUGCAUGAGAGCAAGGAACCCACCUCAGAUCAAGUGCCCACAUCAGGAAUAUGUAAAGCUAGCAGAGACUUCUUGUAUUGCCUCCUCCUUCACCUUUCUGAACCAGUCAUCACCAUCUCCAUCGGUUUUCUCAAACAAGUACAUCCACAAACUCUUUCCUUUCGAUCAAGAAAUGCUGGCCACACUCAAGGAGAAAACCAUGAACAAGUGCUCAACCUUUGAAGCCAUUGUUGCCCACCUUUGGAGAGCAAGAACGAGGGCAGUUUUCGAAAACCCAGAUGAUUUUUCGGCAGUUCUCUUUGCAGUGGACAUUAGGUCUAAACUAUCACCACCUUUGCCACAUGGGUUCUCAGGAAACGCAGUGAUCACAGCUUUUGCCACUGCAAAAGUGUCUCAUUUGGUUCAGAAGCCAUUCUCAUUCUGUGUUGAAAUGGUUAAGGAAGCUGUAGAUAGAGUAACAGAUGAUUACGUGAAGUCAGCCAUAGAUUGGCUGGAGGUUUAUAAAGGAAUUCGUGCAACUUGUAAUGGGAAUUUCUGUAUUUCAGCUUGGUGGAAACUGUCUUUUGGUGAGCUUGAUUUUGGGUUUGGAAAGCCUGUUCAUGGGGGGCCGUAGCCAGUGCGAAUGAUGAGUUUGUGUUGCUGCUUUCGGAUGGAAAUAGCAACGGCAAUGGGAGAGGAAUCAAUGCGUGGAUAGCUCUUGAAGAGGAGAAAAUGAUCAGGUUGAUGGUCCAUGUUUUUGCCAUAAAAAAUUAAUUAUUAACUGUAAAGUAGCCAAGGAUUGCAUAGAUAAACAAACAAAACGUUUGAUAUAAAUUUUCCAAU